GCUUAUGGAAAUUCAAACGAGUCAGUUCAGUCUAGAAGGGUAGUCAUUUCUCAUAACAUGGAUAAAGCUCUGAAAGAAGUGUUCGACUAUGGUUACCGAGAUUACAUUCUUUCCUGGUAUGGGAACCUCAGCAGAGAUGAAGGACAGCUAUACCAUCUGCUCUCCGAAGACUUUUGGGAAAUUGCCAGACAGCUGCGCUACAGACUAAGUCAUGUGGAUAUGGUUAAACUUGCCUGCAAUGAUGUUGUGAGAACUUUACUCACUCAUUUCUGUGACCUGAAAGCUGCUAAUGUCAGACAUGAAGAACAGCCAAGGCCUUUUGUAUUGCAUGCGUGCUUGAGGAGCUCAGAUGAUGAAGUAAGAUUCCUACAAACGUGUUCUCAGGUUCUGGUGUUUUGUCUCCUACCCUCAAAGGAUAUCCAGUCUCUCAGCUUACGUAUAGUGCUUGCAGAAAUUCUCACAACAAAAGUUUUGAAGCCAAUAGUGGAGUUGCUGAGUGAUCCGGAUUAUAUUAACCAAACGCUACUUACCCACUUGGAAUACCGAGAACAGAUGAAUGAACACCACAAGAAAGCCUACACUUAUGCUCCUUCUUAUGAAGAAUUCAUCAAGCUUAUUAACAGCAACUCUGAUGUUGAAUUUUUGAAGCAACUAAGGUAUCAAAUUGUAGUGGAAAUAAUCCAAGCGACUACAAUUAGCAGCUUUCCCCAACCGAAGAGACACAAGGGUAAAGAAACUGCUGCAAUGAAAGCUGAUCUCCUAAGGGCCCGGAAUAUGAAAAGGUACAUUAACCAACUGACUGUGGCAAAGAAGCAGUGUGAAAAGAGAAUCAGAGCCCUUGGAGGCCCUGCCUACGACCAACAAGAGGAUGGGGCUAUGGAUGAGGGAGAAGGGCCUCAAAGCCAAAAGAUUCUUCAAUUUGAAGAUAUCUUGGCCAACACAUGCUACCGAGAACACUUUCGAAUAUACAUGGAAAGGAUAGACAAGAGAGCACUGAUCAGUUUUUGGGAAUCUGUGGAAUGUUUGAAGAAUUCUAACAAGAAUGAAAUUCCACAAUUAGUUGGUGAAAUUUAUCAGAAUUUCUUUGUGGAGAGCAAAGAAAUAUCUGUGGAAAAAUCACUUUACAAAGAAAUCCAGCAGUGUCUUGUAGGAAAUAAAGGUAUUGAGGUAUUCUGCAAAAUCCAGGGAGAUGUUUAUGAGAUCCUAAAGGAUAGGUAUUACCCUUCAUUUAUUGUCAGUGACCUGUAUGAGAAAUUGAUGACAAAAGAGGAAGAAAAGCAUGGCCCACAGUUGAUUUCUGAGAAGGAUGAAAUGGGCCAGAGAGGUGAGGCUGGUGAGGAAGCUGUUGAUGAAGGCACCAGACGGAUUAAUGAGCAAGCCAGUUUUGCUGUAAACAAACUUCGAGAACUAAAUGAUAAACUUGAAUAUAAAAGGCAAGCUCUAAAUUCUAUUCAAAAUGCACCAAAACCUGACAAGAAGAUUGUUUCCAAGCUGAAGGAUGAAAUUAUUCUAAUGGAGAAGGAGCGCACUGACCUUCAGUUGCACAUGGCAAGAACGGACUGGUGGUGUGAGAACCUCGGCAUGUGGAAAGCCUCCAUCACCAGUGGUGAGGUUACAGAAGAGAAUGGUGAGCAAAUGCCCUGCUACUUUGUCAUGGUAAGCUUACAAGAAGUUGGAGGAGUUGAAACAAAGAACUGGACAGUUCCGAGAAGGCUCAGUGAGUUUCAGAAUUUACACCGGAAACUUAGUGAGUGUUUUCCUUCUUUAAAAAAAGUCCAGUUGCCUUCUCUUAGCAAGCUGCCUUUCAAAUCUAUUGAUCACAAAUUUAUGGAGAAAUCAAAGAAUCAAUUAAAUAAAUUUUUACAGAACUUGCUUUCUGAUGAAAGAUUAUGUCAGAGUGAAGCACUUUAUGCCUUUUUGAGCCCUUCUCCUGACUACCUCAAGGUCAUUGAUGUGCAGGGGAAAAAAUCCACAUUUUCAUUAGCCUCAUUUUUGGAAAGAAUUCCUCGUGACUUCUUUUCCCACCAGGAGGAGGAGGCCGAGGAGGACAGUGACCUGUCAGAUUACGGUGACGAGGUGGAUGGGAGGAAAGACUCCUUGGCUGAACCAUGUUUCAUGUUGAUUGGGGAGAUUUUUGAACUUCGAGGAAUGUUUAAAUGGGUGAGAAGAACAUUAAUUGCUCUUGUUCAGGUCACUUUUGGAAGAACCAUCAACAAACAAAUCCGGGACACAGUGAACUGGAUUUUCAGUGAACAAAUGUUGGUUUACUACAUCAAUGUUUUCCGGGAUUCUUUUUGGCCAAAUGGAAAAUUGGCACCACCGACGACAAUCAGAAGCGAGGAGCAAAGUCAGGAAACAAAGCAGAGAGCUCGGCAAAAGCUACUUGAGAACAUUCCAGAUAUGCUUCAGAGCCUUGUUGGACAGCAAAAUGCCCGCAAUGGUAUAAUAAAAAUAUUCAAUGCACUGCAAGAAACCAGAGCCAAUAAACAUCUGUUAUAUGUGCUGAUGGAGCUGCUGCUAAUUGAGCUGUGUCCUGAGCUGAGAACUCAUUUAGAUCAAUUGAAAACCGGUCAAGUUUGAGACUGCACAAAUAAACCCAGAGAAAUGUCUGUGUAAUAAUAGACAUGAAACAUUUUCCUCUUUUCCACAGAGGGCCUGACUGAGAACCAUAUUGACUUCUAUUUUAGUUAUAUCUCCCUCUAAUUUUAUUGACGUAAGGAAAAUUGGGAGAGGGGGCUUAAUGCUAUAGGGGGCAAAAGAAAAAAAAGAACAUUUGUUAAAUAUUGAUUUUUAUUUAAAUAGUAAUAUAAAUACUUAAAAUUGAACAUACUGAUUGAAAUACAGAUGUUAAUAUGUGCUAAGAACCUAGGAAUAGGAAAUAUUUUAAAUAUUUAUGAACAGUUUUGUUUGAAAUGAAGAACUAUGACUAUUGAACAGUUAAUUUCCUCACUGAGGAUUCUAAACAUUCCUGUAUUCUUUGCUGUGUAUUGAAGAACAUUGUUGUGCAAUGCUUUGUGUAAAGUUAUUGUGAAAUUUUUUGUCUUUAUUUUUACCAAAGAUUUCCCAUAGUUUGAAUCAUUUGAAGCAAUAAAAUAUAAAAAUG